GAGGUACACGUGAUCUCUGGAGUUGUACUCGCACAAAUCUCACAGAACUUCACUACCGUAAUUCAAGAAUAUCACGAACUACGCUAGGAUCUUCCGAUAUAAUAUAGGAUGGAAGUAACAGAUUCUCCUGCUCCUGUGUUGGGCAUGUCAUCCACACCAAUACCCACUUCAAUGGCUCCUACUACAUUCGAGAUCCCAACAGAAAUAACCCCGACUCCUUCCACAUCUACUUCUCCAUCCAUUCUUCAGAAAUGCACCCGUUGUGCCUACAUGGGUCCUAUCGACUCCUACCCACCUCGGCGUACUGGUACAGGUCACCUCAAAGUAUGCACGAGCUGCAUGGACAAACAAGCUGCACGGAAGUCCGCCGCCACUGUAGAGUCGUCAGGAUGUGGGCAGAUUGCUACUGCAGCAAUGAGCCUGGACGACUUCUUGAAACUCGUCACAUUGAAUAAAGGCCGACCAUUCGACUUUGAUACAAUGGUGAAUCUACCGCCGGGAAUGUUUGCAGCUGGGGAACAUUUGUAUAAUCGGACAAAUAAGAUUAGAGAUUUUCUGGCAGAAGCCUCAGAGUAUCACUGGAAUCAAAAGAAAACCAAGCGCGGUGGAAAGUCAACAGUGGUCACCUACUUCUGCGCCCAGCUUGAAGGGGAACAAUCAAAGUCGCGAAACCAAGACGCCGAUCGCGCCAAGUCACGUUCUCGCAUCACUCGUUAUCAUUGUGGAGGCUGGUUGCGUAUAACAACGAUGGACGAUAACGAACUUCUUCUUCGCAUUCGCAUGACACACGCUGAAGCACACCCAAGCUUCCCUUCAUCGUUUCGAAAGUCGCAGUCGGGAGAAUUCAAAAUGGAGACCACACCAAAGCCAGUUCCGAAACAACCUUUGUUCACGACAGCACCGAUGACAGUGCCUGUUGGAGCUACUGAAGUGCUCCCAAUAAUGCCAAGGGACGAGGUAGGCUCAGAAGAAGAUGGCAUGGGGCCUAUGCUAGAGCAGCAACAGGGGAACGGGGGACCACCUCCAACUAUCCCUGAAGUCUAUUUCUCGCCAGAUCAGCUUACUGGACUGAGACGGAAAUUUGAUGCUAUGAUGAGCAUAGCAUCUGGCCCUUGUCAUCCUGACCUAGCUCACGCUCUAGGGUCCGUAUUCGACCACUUAGGAUCGUACCGUGGGUGACAUAGAGGUUGGGAGGUUUGCGAAGAGGCAGAGGAUUUCAUAGGCUUUGCCUCGCUUGGGCAGUCACCAGACAAUCCCAUGCGAGACCCGCUCUGGGCCAAUGGCCCAUAUGGGUCUCCGAAUCUGUCCUUCGAGGCAGAGCUGAGGGUUCUUGCCGACCCAUGACGCAGUGAA